CUUCCCUGCUAUCGAAGUGAUGGAUGUUGAUGGAUGCUGCCCACACUAUGAAUGCCAAUGCAUCUGCUAUGGUUGGGGAGACCCCCAUUAUGUCACCUUCGAUGGAACCUACUAUGGUUUUCAAGGCAACUGUUCCUAUUGGCUGGUGAAAGAGAUUUUACCCAAAUACAACUUUAGUGUUAUGAUCGAUAACUACUACUGCGGAGAACCCGAUGGCUUGUCCUGUCCUCAGUCCAUCACUGUCUUCUACGAAAGCUACAAGAUCUUUAUUAUUCAGAAGGAUAUCAAUGGCAUUUUCACAAAUCAGAUUUCUGUAAAUGACAAGCGUGUAAGUCCUGCAUACCAGAAUGGGGAUUUCCGUAUAGUUACUACCGGUAUUGAUACCGUGCUUGUCAUCCCUAAAAUCCACGCCAAGAUCACCUUCUCAGGGCUGAUAUUCGGUAUCUACUUGCCCUAUAAUGGAUUUGCCGGCAACACCGAAGGACAGUGUGGCACAUGUGACAACAACAGGACAGAUGAUUGCAUGUUGCCCAGUGGCAAAAUUGAUCCUUCAUGUCCUCAUAUGGCACAUGAGUGGCACGUAAACAACAGUAACUGUGAACCUGUUCCUCCCAAACCAACACCUCCUCCGAAUCCCUGCGAUAAAAGCAUGUGUGAGAUCAUCAAGAGCAGUGUGUUUGAAGCCUGCCAUAAGAUCGUUGACUAUGGUCCAUUUGUUGUGGCCUGUGAGUUUGACGUUUGCCACAUGCACAUUAAUCACAUUGGCUGCAUCAGUUUACAAACAUAUGCUGAUGUCUGUGCUGAGUCUGGAGUGUGUAUUGACUGGAGGAGUGCCACCAAAGGCCUCUGUGAAUAUAAAUGUGAAAGUCCCAAAGUGUAUCAGGCCUGUGGUCCUCAGGUCGAACCUACCUGUGAUUCCUGGUAUAAUCAGAAAUUCAUCUAUAUGGCUGAUGCAUUCAGUGCCAUGACAAGUAUGGAGCUGGAGGGUUGCUCCUGUCCAAAUGGCACCAUCCUCCUCUCUUCCAACUCUAAUGAAUGUGUACCCUCCUGUGAACUUUGUCGCUUGCCAGAUGGAAAAUAUAAACAGGCCAAUGCAACAUGGACAGAAGGCUGUAAGCAAUGUAUAUGUGAGGAGGACGUACUGCAGGUGGCCUGCCACCCUCUGCCCUGUCCAGCACAGCCAUCCCUCAGCUGUGAUCAAGAGGGUCAGAUCAAAGUCACUGAUACUACUGGCUGCUGUCCAAAGGAGAAGUGUGGUAAGUGA